AUGCGCACUCGUAACACAAACUCGACCCCUAACGGCAUCACCUGGUACUAUGAACAGGAGGGUACCGGGCCCGAUAUCGUCCUCGUCCCUGAUGGCCUCGGAGAAUGCCAAAUGUUUGACAGCUCCGUGUCGCAAAUUGCUGCUCAAGGCUUCAGGGUUACUACGUUUGACAUGCCCGGAAUGUCCCGGUCCGCCAAGGCACCAGCCGAGACCUACACUGAGGUCACGGCCCAGAAGCUGGCUUCCUAUGUCAUCUCCAUCCUGGAUGCCCUUGACAUUAAACACGCGACUGUCUGGGGCUGCAGCUCAGGAGCUUCCACCGUCGUUGCGCUGUUGUUGGGUUACCCCGACAGGAUACGCAACGCAAUGUGUCACGAACUACCAACAAAGCUACUGGACCACCUUUCGAAUACCGCUGUGCUCGAAGACGAGGAAAUCUCAAAGAUCCUGGCUAAUGUCAUGUUGAACGACGUGUCAGGAGGCUCGGAGGCGUGGCAAGCUUUGGGGGUGGAGGUGCACGCGAGACUGCACAAGAACUACCCCGUUUGGGCUCGAGGAUACCCACGCACAAUUCCUCCCUCAGCUCCGGUUCAGGAUGUGGAGGCUCUGCGUGGAAAGCCACUGGACUGGACCGUCGGUGCUGCGACACCAACCGAGUCUUUCUUUGAUAACAUUGUUACCGCUGUUAAGGCUGGUGUCAACAUUGGGUUGCUUCCCGGGAUGCAUUUCCCUUAUGUUUCCCAUCCUGAAGCUUUCGCUAAAUAUGUUGUGGAAACUACGCAGAAGUAUCUUUGA